AUGUCUAGAACAAACAAAUAGGUUGAGUAGUAGCCAGCACCAAACAAGAAGGUCUAAGCACCCGCCAAGCCUUAAAAGCCAAAGGAGAAUUAUUUGACUCCAGAGGAAAUCAAUGAUUUGAGGGAAACAUUUGAUUUGUUUGAUGAUGAUAAGAGUGGCACAAUUGAUGCACACGAAAUUAAAAAGGUGCUUGAAGAUUUAGGCGUUGAUGCUAGAAACAAGUUUGUGUAUCAAAUGGUGUAGGAUUUGGAAAAUUUUGGAGGCUCAAUUGAUUUUGAUACUUUUGUUAAUAUUAUAUCAGACAGAUUGGGAAAUAAUAAAACAAAAGAAGGUGCAUUCAAAUUGUUCCAAAUUUACGAUCCUGAAGAUACUGGAUUCAUUGAUUUCACAAACCUUAAACGUGUGGCAAAGGAAUUGGGUGAAACUCUCAAUGAUGAUGAAUUGCAUGAAAUGAUCCAUCACAUUCACAUUCUUAGAAAAACAGAGAGCCCAGAAUAAAUCUCAUUUGAUGAGUUUUACGAAAUCAUUACCGCUCCAAGAAGAUAUUGAGAAAAUAAAAUUACAUAUAUUAAAUCAUCAUUUGGCAUAUAUAUAUCUAUAUUUAAA